CGCGCCAGCCCGCGCGCUGCCGUUGCUACGGACGCCCGGGCUGAAGCCGACGCUGGGCGGCGGGAGGCGCAUCGAGAGAGCCCAGGGGAAUGGGCGGCUCCCUGCGGACUCUCUGUCUCUCGCCGCAGCCCUCUUCGCGCCCCCGGGAUGCCCUGUGGCGAGCGACCUCCUGCGGGCAGCCCCGGGGCGGGCGGCGCCGGGCUGCCCGCUCUCGCGGCCUGAGAGUUGAUAAGCGGAUUGAAUCGGAGGAGUCGGGAGAUGAAGAAGGGAAGAAGCAAGCAGCUUGCUUAGUAACAGACCUCAGUCAGCAGAGCCUGAGAGAUGAGCAGAAUGGCGAGAACUCCACAGGAGAAGCAGAGACACCAGUGGACAUGGAGACAAUUAGCCUGGACCCGGAAGCUGAGGAUGUUGACUUGAAUCAUUUCCGAAUUGGGAAGAUAGAAGGAUUUGAGGUGCUCAAGAAAGUGAAGACUCUGUGUCUACGUCAGAAUUUGGUUAAGCGCAUUGAGAACCUGGAGCAAUUGCAGACCUUGCGGGAGCUGGAUCUCUAUGAUAAUCAGAUUCGGAAGAUCGAGAACUUGGAGGCUCUAGCAGAACUUGAGAUUCUGGACAUCUCAUUUAAUGUUCUGCGACAAAUUGAAGGACUAGAUCGGCUUACUCAGCUUAAAAAACUCUUCCUUGUCAACAACAAAAUCAGCAAAAUUGAGAAUUUAAGUAACUUACAGCAGUUACAGAUGUUGGAGUUGGGAUCCAAUCGAAUCCGGGCAAUUGAAAACAUUGACACCUUGACUAAUCUUGACAGUCUGUUCCUUGGAAAGAAUAAAAUCACCAAGCUCCAGAACUUGGAUGCACUAGCAAACUUGUCUGUGCUCAGUAUACAGAGCAACCGUCUGACCAAGAUUGAGGGUCUGCAGAGCUUGGUGAAUUUGCGUGAGUUGUACCUCAGCCACAAUGGCAUCGAAGUCAUCGAGGGACUGGAGAACAAUAACAAACUUACAAUGCUGGACAUUGCAUCCAAUAGAAUCAAAAAGAUUGAAAAUAUCAGCCACCUAACAGAACUGCAGGAAUUCUGGGUGAAACCACAUAACAAGUUCUUUAACAACUCAAGGAAACAGAAUUCCAAAUCCUAGAUACUGCAGAAAUCUUCUAAAUUUUUCCCAGUGUCAUCUCAGUGGAGGAAUUCAGACAUCGGUCAAGUGAUUUGCCUGAAGCAACAUUGGAAUGAGCCAUAGCAGAGUGAAGAGCUAGUGGAUUUUCUUCAGAGUAUUAGUCCAGGGUCCUAACUGAAAAAAUGACUUCUGCUGGAACACUGGCAGUCUCAGUGAUGGAGCAGUUUUCUUUCACUAGAUAGACUAGAACUAGAUAGAAAGAGGCAGCUUGAGAAAAUAGAGCUACUUAUCUGCUGCACAACGAACAGGGUGCACAAAGCUUUCCAUUUAUCAUGGGUGCCUGAUGUGAGGAAGAACAGUUGUUGAGGGAGGCCAGAGCCAAUGUAUUGAUUUUUAAGUUGGUAUUGUUGUAGUAACUGCCCCUGCAUCCAAGAGCAGAGGAUGGCUGAAGUCUCUAGGCUGGACAGCACAUGGCUACCUUUCACAUUUUGCUUCCUUGCUGGGCAGUCGAACUAUUCAGCCCUUUUCAUGGCAAUUUCUUUGUAGAGCAAGCAAGGUGGCAACUCCCAUGCUGAUGUGAGCAGAACCCGAAUCAGGAAGCUUGGUGCCUUCUCUGGACUGCAGAAACAGUUUUUGUGGGGAAAUGAUGUAAAGCAGAGGGAGAACAAUCACUUUCAGAUCAGUUUUGGACCUUUUCUGACAUUCCCAAGGACAAGUCAUGGAAGUAAAGAUAGAUGUCACAAUGGAAGAAAAUCUUGGCACAAGAGUUUCCAACCCUUAAACGAACAAUUUAUAGCUUGGGACACUCUAUAUAGAGACUGUCCCAGCAUCUUGCUGGGUCUUUCCAAGUGUACCUGUCAGACCAGGUACGUUGUCUGUAGAGUGGAAUGUUUGACCUGCAGCCCAAGACUGUGCAGAAGCUGGUAAAAGUUAGCAAGGCUUGGAGUGUGCAACAGAAAAGAUUAUCUCAGGUUCCAGAGGGAAAAGGAUCAUGUAAUCAGGGACUUCCUACCUGCAUUUGAAGAUUGUACGGGUUACUGCCACUGGGUAAUACCCUCAUGAAAAGCGUUAGUCUGGCUAGGUUCUUGCUGACCAGACUUUGCUGGAAGUAUUUGUUUGUGUGAGUGUAUGUGUAUGUGCUCUGCAGAUGAAUGAUAAUCUCAUCGAGAGCU